AUGUUUACGACUGUAAGAAAUUCUCUUCUGCUACAAAUUAAAAAAUAUGGACAACGAAGGUACAUAAGAUAUUCAUUAGAUUCCUUUUCCAAUAAUUUAAAUCGACGACAAGCUGAGGAAUCGUCGACAAUUGUCUGCCAAUCAUGUGGUCAACCAACAGCAAUAACCCAUCCUCAUUUAAUGAAGGAAGGAGAAGUUAUACCAGGUAUUCAACUGGAUGAGUUCAAAAAGAGACGAGAAAAAUUAACAAAGAGUAUUGUUUCGCAUGCUUCUAUUGCAAAUCUUAAUGAACCACAUAUUGUAAUUAUCCCAUCUUCAUCUAAAGUAUACAUGUCUGGUAAAAUACCAUAUGUUUUUCGCCAAAAUACAGAUUUUUUGUAUCUCACUGGUUGUCAAGAACCAGACAGUAUUUUGGUAAUAAUAGCAAAGAAUGAAAAUUUUAUGACUACAUUAUUUGUGGCACCGCAAGAUGAACAUUCUGAAUUGUGGGAUGGUCCUAGAAGUGGGGUUGAAAGAGCACCUAAAAUGUUUGGCAUUGAUUUAGCUCUACCAAUAACUGAAUUUGAACAAUUUUUUGUCUCUUUUGUGAAGGAGAAUAAAAAAAACACCAUUUGGUAUGAUAAUAUUGACAUAGUACAGUCAAAUUUACACAGAAAAUUAUGUGAAUUAGUUAAAUUCACUAAUAGUCAAAAGUUCAUUUCUCCAACAAAUAUAAUACAUAAAAUCAGAUUAAUUAAAUCACAAUCUGAAAUAGACUUGAUGAAAAAGAGCUGUGAAAUUAUUUCAGCUGCAAUAUCUAAAACAAUAGAAGUUUCAAAACCAAAAAUGAGCGAACACCAUUUAUUUGCAAUUGUAGAUUAUGAAAGUCGUAUGAAUGGUGCAGAAUUUUUAGCAUAUCCACCAGUUAUUGCAGCAGGCAAAAAUUCCAAUGUCAUCCACUAUAUUAGUAACAAUCAAAUCAUUCAAAAUGGAGAAAUGGUUUUAAUGGAUGCUGGUUGUGAAUAUCAUGGUUACUCAUCAGAUGUAACUAGAACAUGGCCAAUUAAUGGCACUUUUACUCAAGAACAAAAAAUUGUAUACGAUGUAGUAUUGGAUGUUCAAAAGACUUUAAUUCGUCAAUUGAAAGAAUUUCCUUCAUUAGAUCAAUUAUAUCAUGAUAUGUGUUCCUUGCUAAGCAAAAGAUUACAAGAAAUUAGAUUAAUACCAAAAGAUUUGAGUAGAACUGAGUUAUUUUCUGCAGUUCAUACUUAUUGUCCUCACCAUGUCAGUCACUACUUGGGAAUGGACAUACAUGACACAGGAAAAAUGUCUAGAAACUUGAAACUUCAGCCAGGAAUGAUAAUUACGGUAGAACCUGGUAUAUAUAUUAAUCACAAAAAUAAAUUUGCUCCACCAGAGUUUUAUGGUUUAGGUGUACGCAUUGAGGAUGAUAUUUUAAUAACGGAAAAUGGUCCAGUAAUCUUAACAGAAACAUGUCCAAAAGAGAUUAAUGAAAUAGAAGCCUUAGCAAGUCAAAAUUUAUGAUAACAGUUGUUAUAUAAAUAGAAAAAUAGUAUGCAAAAUUGUGACAUUCUUGCCCUACUCAAAGAUUUGUUUAAAUGGAAAUAUAUGAAUGUUAUAUACUUGUAACCAAUAGAGAAUAACUAGAAGAAACAAUAACACGACAUACACAAAAAGAGCUAACAUGAACAUUUAUGUACGAUAUUAAAUUCAUUAGUUAAUUCAAUAUUUGAAUACGAAAAUAAAAAAUUUAUACAUCUAUUCCACUACAAAUGAUAUCAGUAAAAGAAAAAAGAAAAUUCAUUCGUCAUUUGCGAUUAGGUGUCGAAAGGUAUUCGCCAUGUAUUAUUUCUUAAUCCGUAUCAGCAUCUGCGAUCAAAUAUGCAACAGUUAGCAUUUAAAUUAUAAAACUAACUUAUGAAACUAUAUGAAUAUUAAAUACGUACUUGAAAAUUUUAUAUUUCAAGAUUCCUUAGUUUACAAUCUGCUUGUUUUAAAGCAAUAAAAUUCAUUAACUGCUUUACUCGCAGAUGUGCCCAAACGACAUGAUCGUGCAACGCAUGAAUUUGAGCGGCUGCAAGUGCUGCGCUUUCAGGAUAAACGACUGUGGUACAUCCGAUUCCUACAAACAACAAGGAUGUAUUUAAUUGUCUUAUCAUAGCAUAAGCCAAAAUUAUGAUCACGUAUAAUCCACAAUUUACCUGAAGGAACAUUAACAGACGACCACAGAUCUUGUGCAAUGUUUUCUGGUUUGAGAGGCGGGCAAUUAAUAACAGGCAAAGACGUGUUUCCAGAGAGUACUGGACCCAAACCGUUACUUCUCCCUGCUACAGCUAUUAGCACCACCUAGGAAAAAUAAGAAAUACUCACGAUAAUGUAGAAAUAAACAAUAUACGUUCGUUAAUAUCAACGGUUUUAUCA